CAUACUCGCUUCGCGGACGGGGAAUUUUAUAGAUAUUCAUGUUAAUAAUAAUCGCGCUGUCAUUUGACCUCGUAAUCUAGAAUAAAUUAUAUAAAAGUACUCAAAGAGAUAGUUGGCGCAAUCAAUGUGGCUUACAGUAGUCAGUAAGCAAGUUCGGGUUACUUUUUCUCGAUAACUUUUGGUGUUUAGUAGGUUCUAAAGGUUCAUAUUCGGAACUGUUCAAUUCUUUGAUAUAGAUUCUUAGUAAAGUAAUUAAUUUUUAAAGAUAAAAUGAAAUUAAGCGUGAGUUUCUUGUUUGUGCUUUGCUGCUUCUUGUCGGUGGUAGUGGCCAGAAACGAAGACGUAUGCUCGCAGCCUCUUAUAAUUGGAACCUGCCGGGCCCGGAUUCCCCUGUACUACUUCGACUCGAAAACAAAUAGUUGCGAAAAGUUCGAAUACGGAGGAUGCGAUGGAAACGAUAAUCAGUUUGCGACGUUAGAUGAGUGCAAAAAAGCUUGUAUGUAGGCAUUUCAAUAAAAAAAUAAGAAAGAAAUCAAAAAA